GGGAGUUAAAGCCCGCGACGUUGCCGUGGCGGCCGGGCGGGGCCUAGCGGGAAGGGGCAUGGCUUAGGGCCGUCCCGCGGGCGGAGGUCACCGGAGCCGGUGGGCUGGCCGGAGGACGGAGGGGCGGACGGCGGCGAAGGCGGGGCGGCGCCGUGUCCGCCGCCAUGACAGAUCAGACCUACUGCGACCGCCUGGUACAGGACACGCCGUUCCUGACAGGCCAGGGGUGCCUGAGUGAGCAGCAGGUGGACAGAAUCGUCCUUCAGCUGAACCGCUACUACCCACAGGUCCUCACCAACAAGGAGGCCGAAAAGUUCCGGAACCCCAAGGCGUCGCUGCGUGUGAGGCUCUGCGACCUCCUGAGCCACCUGCAGCGGAGCGGCGAGCGGCACUGCCAGGAGUUCUACCGCGCCCUGUACAUCCACGCGCAGCCCCUGCACUGCCACUUGCCCAGCCGCCGCGCCCUGCAGAACUCAGAUUGCACAGAGCUUGACUGGGGCAGCGAGAGCCGCAGGCUGAGUGACAGGGGACCCAUGAGCUUCCUGGCGGGCCUUGGCCUGGCCGCCGGCCUCGCCCUGCUGCUCUACUGCUGCCCUCCAGACCCCAAGGUGCUGCCCGGGACCCGGCGCGUCCUGGGCUUCUCACCGGUCAUCAUUGAUAGGCACGUCAGCCGCUACCUCCUGGCCUUCCUGGCAGACGACUUUCGGGGGUUGUGAUGGAGCCAGACACCAGGCCACUCCCACUGCACAACCAAAGAGUCCCCUGCUCCCUGCUGUCCGAUGCCCGCUGCCCGCUCCCUGCUGUGGGGCUGACACCUCUUUUUCUAAAUGUUUCCUUUUCAUUAUUUAUAAUUUCUCUGUGGAGCUCACCACCUUCGCCCUACAAGGUGCUUGAUGAUAAUAAACAGAGUCUUCUCUGUCUGA